AUGUCAGAUGCAUUCUCAGCCACUAGGACCAGCUCCAGGAUAAGGACUGAGGCGGAGGCCAGCCUGGAGGCGGAGGCCAGCCUGGAAGUCCUGGAUGCGUCCAACCUGGAAGGGGCAGCAUGGAGGGGCCAGGUGGCGGCUCCUCAUCCAAAGGGCCCAGAGGCGGCCAACCUGGAAGGCCUGGAGACGGCGGAGGUCCUGGAGGCGGAGGCCAACCUGGAGGUCCUGGAGGCGGUGGGCCUGGAGGCGGCGGCGGCAGCGGCCAUCCUGGAGGCGGACUACCUGGAGGUCCUGGAGGCGGAUUGUGGAGACCAUCCUGGAGGGCCUGGAGGUGGCGUCCACAUGGUGGCGGCCGGCCUGGAGGCGGUGGCCAACCUGGAGGUCCUGGAGGCGGUGGGCCUGGAGGCGGCGGCGGCAGCGGCCAUCCUGGAGGCGGACUACCUGGAGGUCCUGGAGGCGGAUUGUGGAGACCAUCCUGGAGGUCCUGGAGGUGGCGUCCACAUGGUGGUGGCCGGCCUGGAGGCGGUGGCCAACCUGGAAGUCCUGGAGGCGGUGGGCCUGGAGGCGGCGGCAGCGGCCAUCCUGGAGGCGGACUACCUGGAGGUCCUGGAGGCGGAUUGUGGAGACCAUCCUGGAGGGCCCGGCGGCGGCGUCCUGGAGGGCCCGGAGGCGGAGGCUCCUCAUCCAAAGAAAUGAGGCGACGUUGCGGAGGUCCAGGCGGUUGGCCCGGUGGAGGUCCUGGAGGAGACGGCCUGGAGGUGGAGGACGGCUGGGGGAUCCGGCGGUGGAGGUCCGAAGGCAGCUCGUGUUUAGACCAACCA